AAGCAAAAAUUGGAACCGCUUUCUGCCUUUAGUUCUUACAACCUCCCUCUGCCGCUAGGAGAAACCGAUUAUUCUCAGACCAAAAUGGACGCUCUGGACUCUGUUUUCGAUCCCCUUAGAGAUUUCGCCAAAGACAGCGUUAGGCUUGUUAAGAGGUGCCACAAGCCCGAUCGCAAAGAAUUCACCAAAGUUGCGACUCGUACUGCAAUCGGUUUUGUGGUGAUGGGAUUUGUAGGAUUUUUUGUCAAGUUGAUUUUCAUUCCUAUUAACAACAUCAUCGUUGGUGCUUCCUAACCGGCCAUGUAAAGGAGAAGCCACAAAUGGAGAUGUAGCAAGGAAGCAACACAUGAAGUCCUCCCAAAUUAGUUUAAUUUUGUAACCUGUAGCUGUUGGACAUCUCUGACGUCUUAUUCUGAACCUCCUUAUUGGUCUGAGUUAAUUGCAUUCAAAUUGCCUUCCUCACCUCCCACCCUCUCCCUGCACCCCUCAAUUCUCAUGUUGUAAUUUUGAACACUUUCUUUCAGGUCAAAGCACUUAUUUCUUAGCUUUA